AUGUACAGCCCUGGGUAUCACCAGGACUUCUUCCUGGGAAUGCCCUACGCACAGGUUCCUGACCGAUUUGCGGUUGCAACUGGUCUUCGCACGUCGUGGGAUGGCGUCCACAAUGCCACGAAAUACCCAGCCACUGCUGUCAAGAUUGGACGUCCCAUUAUCGGCAUCAGCUUGAACUAUCGUCUUUCGGCCUUUGGAUUCCUAUCUGGUAGAGAAGCAAUGGAGUCGGGAGUUACGAAUAUCGGCUUCAAAGACCAGCGUUUGGCUCUACAAUGGGUCCAUGAAAACAUCGAGGCCUUUGGCGGCUCGCCGGACAAGGUGACCAUAUUUGGUGAAAGUGCGGGUGCAGAAAGCGUCUCGGCACAAGUACUUGCCUACAACGGACGAGACGACAAGCUAUUCCGCGGAGCUGUCGGCCAAUCCGGGUUUGGUGCCGUCAUCAAGAGGAGACCGUACAACGGAGGCUUGAACGACACAGAGCUGCAGCAAGCCACCUACGACCAACUCGUCCGAAACACAUCCUGCGCGAGCCAUGUUGGCACUCCCGAGUCGUUGGAUUGUCUUCGAAAGGCCCCCUUCGAGGAGGUCAACCGAGCUCUGAACGUCUCGCAAGUCGGACCAUGGGUCCCCGUUCUGGACCAUGACUUCCUGCACGACUAUCCCACAAACCAGCUACGCAAGGGCAACUUCGUCAAGGUUCCACUGCUGGUCGGUGUCACCACUGAUGAGGGUGGUGGUUUCGUGACCGAUUCGACAAACUCGGAUGAAGACGUGCGAGAAGCCCUCAGGGCGCAGCUCAUAUCGAACAACACGGCAGAGAACGUCGACCAGCUGCUGAAAGAGCUGAUGUACUUGUACCCGAACCCAGGUGAUGCGGGCAGCCCGAAUCUGGGGUCGCAAUAUAGGCGCAUGGCAGCUAUUGUCGGGGACAUGACAUUUCAUUUCUCUAGAAGGCGGGCCAAUUUCGCCUGGUUCGAGCAUGGAGUGCCGAGCUAUGCUUACCGCUUCAACGUGCUUGUCAACGGGCACCGGCACCAUUCGGCUCCGCUCAUUUUCAGGAGGUUGCAUUUGUCUUUCAUAACUGGAACGGCGAGGGGUAAGUCCCUGCACAUAGAAAUGGGCACCCCCCUGUUUUGGGCACCCCAAAAAAAUCACGACCAUUUUCAACACCAUUAA